AUGACCAGGUCUAAUAUAAAUGAUUUUAUUGUGAUCAUCAGAGGUCUUGCCGUUAAAUGCUACCUGUGCAGCUGGAGUCCUAACGACCAGAACAACCAAACCGAUUCCUGUACCGAGGAAAACUUUAAUCCUAAUGCUGUCUACAGUGUCGAGUGCAGCCAUGGUUGUGAGGCUUUUUUUCAGUGGGACUCUAACGGAGUUUUGGAGCAUUCAAGACGAAAUUGUAUGCAAAAUGGAGUCGAAGAAAGAAAUUCGUGUGUGAACGAAACCAAACCAGCGUGGACCAUGUACCGCUGCACUUGCGACACUGAUUUUUGCAACACUGCAGCAGCAAGACAUCCGUCAACAGUAUUUUAUGCUUUCGUCAUUGUAAUCUUUUGGAGAGUUAUUACCAUUUAAUUAUUCAUCACAGCCAGUCGCUUUGGAUAUUGGCAUGGUCCGAGUAACUACUGCUAACCUAUAAUUUUCAAACGCUGGCGUUAUUGACCAAUAUGACAUCUGGUGUACUGAUUCCAUCUGUCGUGUAACAUGUUUGCUGUCUUUUAGAUAACAAGUCAUAUUUUACAUAAUAUUGAACAAAAGAAAAUCUGCCAUUUCUAACUUUUCUACUAGUCUCGUUUUUGCGCGAUUGAAAGUAUUUUAUAACAAUUAAUUAACCAUUUAGCACUAUUGGACAGAUGACGCUAGUGCUGUAAAAGCAAUCUAUAUAUUGCCUUACCUAAAGUUGAAUUAAUAAUAUUAAUAUACGUGUCUAAGUAUUGACGCUUUUUUGCUUUAUAUAACGAGCUGUGUGAUAAGCCUAAUUCAAGUUUUCAACUGUGGCCUUUAAAAAAAAAAAUAACACGGUGAAGUACACAUAUUAAAACGGUUAGAAAUUUGGCAUUUAUAUAACCUAAAAAUAACGGGCUAUUAUUUGUUUGACUAUUAAAAUACAUAUUUAUUAGGUAUAAUACUAUGAAAAAUUAGUUCUUUUUUUUGCACUUUCAUUCAGGAAUUAAUGGCUGCUUUCUGGAAACAACUUACAAAAAUAUUUCGAAGAGCAUUAGAGUUUACUCAAAUGACAGUCGGUGGUUAUUGUUAAUAAAUAUAUCUGUGAUAAUUUCAGACCUUAAAAGAAAACCAUAUGGUAUGAGAAACAAAUUACUUUCAUUGUGUUUAUAGUAUAUAAGGUGUUAUAUUUAUAAACACACAUUAAAAUAUAAUUUGGUCGUCACGUUCACGGUUGCUAUUUUAGAAAAACUGGUCUCUAAAUAGGUUUGUUU